AUGGCCACGGCGGUGUCCUCCACCCCGGGAGGCAGCGGGCGAGCUCUCGGUCGCUCGGCCGCAUUCUCCCCGCUCAGCCCGACCCGGCUCAGCCGGCUGCAGGAGAAGGAGGAGCUGCAGCAGCUCAAUGACCGCCUGGCCGCCUACAUCGACCGGGUGCGGGCCCUGGAGGCCGAUAAAUCCACGCUGCAGCUGCGGCUGGCGGAGCAGGAGGAAGGGAGCAGCCGGGAGCUGGGCAACCUGCGGCUCCGCUACGAGACCGAGCUGGCUGAUGCCCGCAAGGCGCUGGACUGCAUCGCCAUCGAGCGGGCCACGCUGCAGGUGGAGCUGGGCAAGCUCAGCGAGGAGCACCGGCAGCUGCACGCCAGGAAUUCUAAAAAAGAAGCUGACUUAAACCUGGCACAGGCUCGUAUCAGAGACCUUGAUGCUCAGCUGAACUCCAAGGAGGCUGACUUAGCAACAGCUUUGAGUGGAAAAAGAAGUUUGGAGGGCGACCUUCAAGAGUUAAAGGAUCAAAUAGUCACUCUUAAGUUGGCAUUGGAAGAUACCAAAAAGCAUCUCCAUGGAGAAAUGUUGAAGAGAGUGGACCUGGAAAACCAAAUGAAAACUGUGCAGGAACAAAUGACAUUCCAGAAACGCCUUCAUGAAGAUGAGCUCAAGGAAACAAAAAGAUUCCAUGAGAGCAGGAUAGCGGAAAUAGAAUCUGGCCGUCAGAGGGAAUUUGAGAGCAAACUUUCAGAUGCUCUGCAAGGACUCAGAAAGGAGCAUGAAGAACAAAUUCAAGAAUACAAAGAUGACUUGGAGCGCACAUUCAGUGCCAAAAUGGAGAAUGCCCAACUUUCUGCCGCAAAAAAUAGCGACUUUGCCAAUGCUGCUCGGGAGGAGCUGAUGGAAACAAAGAUGAGAGUUGACACUUUGACAUCCCAGCUUAAUCAUUAUCAAAGCCAGAACUGUGCAUUGGAGAACAGAAUAAGAGAGUUACAGGAGACCCUGGAUUAUGACCGUGAGAUGCAUCGAAGACGUAUGGCUGAAAAAGAUAAAGAAAUGGCACAAACGCGGCGGCAGAUGCAAGCACAGUUGGAAGAAUACGAGCAUCUACUAGAUGUGAAACUGGCUCUAGAUCUGGAAAUAAAUGCCUACAGAAAGAUGCUGGAAGGAGAAGAACAGAGGCUAAAACUGUCAUCUAGUCCAUCUUCCCAAAGUGUUGCAACCCAGGCAACAACCAGCCAUGGGCAUCGCUUCCUGCAUGGAAAAAAGAGAAAACUGAAAGAAUCCAAAAAGGGAGAGCACAGUGUCAGCUUUAAAAUUGUUCAGCAUGCAUCAUGUUCAGGAAAUGUGUCUAUAGAAGAAAUUGACACAGAAGGGAAUUUUGUCAAGCUUAAAAACAACUCGGACGAGGAUCAAUCACUAAAUGGAUGGGUACUAAGACGACGACUUGGAAGCUUGUCUGAAAUAAUAUACAAAUUCCCUGCUCGGUUUGUCCUUCGAGCAGGCCAAGUAGUUACGAUCUGGGGUGCUGAUGCUGGUGUAAACCAGAGUCCUAGUGAUCUGGUCUGGAAAUCCCAGCAGUCUUGGGGAACUGGGGAUAACAUUGGUGUUACACUCAUCAAUGCUGAUGGAGAGGAGACUGCAGAACGGAAGGUCAUACAUGUAUCCAGAGGAGAAGAAGGUGGUGAACUGGAAGAUGAGUUUGAUGAAGAAGAAAUAACAGGGAGCGAAAUGGAGUUUCAUCGUCGGUGUCUCCAGCAAAAUGAAGAUCCUAGCUGCUCUGUCAUGUAA